AUGGCAUGUCUGGCUGGGGAGGCUGUCUGGAUGGGCAGGACGUGUUUGCUGCGGUCAAAGAGAACAGCCCCCCUGUCAUCCUCUCUCCGGAGGUGUUUGGAGACUGAGAAAGUUCUGGAUCGAGAGACAGAGGGCGCUUUUCUGAUUGCAGAGUUAGUAUGUUACGAGCAGGACGCACUGCAGAGUGUUUACCGCAUUGUGGUGGAGAUUCUCAAUGAAAACGACAACAUCCCCAUCUUUGUGGACGGCCCUGUGCAGUCUGCCAUCAUCAGUGAAUUGACUCCUGUGAACGCAAUUGUUUUCAAGGUCCAAGCUACAGACGCUGAUAAUGAUGUGAUAAUGUACACCAUCGACCAGGAAUCACCUGAUGCCAAGUACUUUAAAGUGGUCCUUCCAAACAGCGGGGAGGUGGUCCUGGCCAAGCCUCUGGAUUACGAGACCAAAACUCUCCUCACCCUGGUGGUGCAUGCUUCUGAGAUGAGCACAGCUGAGCAGCACAGCAGGAGCGCUCUGGUCUCAAUCACCGUCCAGGAUGGAGACGACCAAUACCCACACUUCUUGCCCUGUACUGUCCUGUCCCACGUCUGCGUCAAUCCUACCUACACGGCCAACGUUACCCAAGGCCAGCAGGAUCUGGUGUUGAGCUUCUCCCCUGGGCCCAUCCAUGCAGUGGAUGGGGACCGCGGCCUGAGCUCCUCCAUCAGUUAUGACAUCCUCUCAGGGAAUGAUGAAGGUCACUUCCAGAUAAACAGAUACUCUGGAGAGAUGUCUUUAACACAGGGCUCCUCUGAUCGCCUCAGCUCACCAGUACGCCACUUACAGGUCAUGGCCUUCCAGGAUGACGACCCCAGGAAGUACUCUGUCGUUGCAGUGGUGGUCUAUGUUGUGGCUCGGAACCAGUUUCCUCCAGUGUUUGAGAAGUCCCAGUACCCAGGCUUUGUGACUGUGGGACCCGGAACAGCCGCACUGGUGCACACUUACGGAGACAGAGAGCUGGUGCUGACCGUGACAGACCAGGACUUCAACCAGAGUGUCAACCCCAUGAUCGUUCUCAGCCUGAGCCCUUCAACCACUCACACGUCAGCAUACAGCGUCACCAAAGAGGGACUUUUGAUCGCCAACACGGGCCAGCUGGUCCCAGGACAGAGGCACGGCAUCCAGGUGAGAGCUGUGGACCAGGAGUCCGGAGAAUCUAUCUUCACCACAGUGACUGUGGAGGUGCUGGCAGAAGGACAAGCAGUCCCAUACAGUGAGCGCUCCUCCAACCGCCUCAGUGGAUGUGUUGUGGGAAAAGCCUUUUUUGUCUGCCUCCUGGCCCUGGCACUGGGGCUGUGUGGGUUCUACCUGUGUCUGUGGAUCAGGAGGAGGCUGCAGGAGCAUGAGGAGCCACUGGAGCGGGGCAGUGUGGCCCAGGCCAAACAUCCCAAUGUGAGUUUACGCUGUUUUCAACUGGUGAGCCAUGGCAGCACCAUGCCGCUGACAGAGGACCGCCCCUUUAGCACAGACGACUGCGGGACCUCCAACCCAUCUUUCAGUGACUUCGACCAGGACGGCCUCUCCCACCACGAGGCACCCAACUCUUAUGACCUCGCCCACACCUGUGACCAAGCCUCCAGCCAGGACACCGAGAAGAUGAGCGAGAACAUGAGCUUAGAGACGCUGCCAUGUGACUCCCCACUGUGCGCUGCAGAAGCCUGCCCCACUCCCACCCCUUCCCCUCCUUCAUCUCCCUCAUCUCCAGCCCAGCUCCAUAGCAGGCGGCUGGUGGAGGCACAUAUUGACAAACCGCUGUAUAAAGUCGUCACGCCCCCCACACGCUCCUAUUCUCAUCCGCUGAACCCCAGGAGCCCUGCGCCCAGUCCUGAGCUGCUGCCGGUUAGAGCACACCUGGUGCACAUCCACUCUGUGAAGGAGGCGACCGAGGGGGAGGGGGAUGAUAGGAGGGAGGUUGAGCCCUGCACAUCGCUGGAUAAUUCGGACAACUCGUCACACGGAGCGCCCUCUCAUGGCCUGAAGGAGAACAUGGAGGCGUUUCGGGACACAGCCAGUCCAGAGCUGCUGUCGGACGAAGAGGAGCUGCUGAACGUGCUCGAGAGAUGUUACCCGGUUAUGAUCACCUUUAGAAAAUAG